AUGUCUAAAAGUAAAAUGCAAUUAUACUAAGACUAUGAAUAUGUACAACCCCAAGCGAAUGUUAAUUUAAUCAACACUCACAAAUGCAUUAAAGCAAAGAAAAUACGAAAAUUCAAAGUUCCCCAAAUAUCCAAAAAUAAUUAGAUGACUCCAAAUGGCUAAUUAAUAUGUUCAUAAGAAACUACAACUAAUUACUCAUCAAAACCCUCUCAAUACAGGAGAGAAACAAUAUUUUCUAAAAAUAAGGAAAAAUAUCAUUGUUUUCAUGGAUUUUAUAAUGUGAAUCUUGGAGCUCUUUAGUAAAACGCGAAUAAAGAAUUAUUGGAUGUUGAGUCCCAUUUUGUUGAGAUGCAAAAUAGUUCACAUAAAUAGAUAUUCCUUCCAUUGCCUCCAAUUAAAGAAGUUGAAGACAAUAAGAGUAAACUUAAAGAAGUCAAGAUAAAUGAGUAACUGUAUUCUUAAGACAAUUUGGAAUUGAUUUUACUUAAAAUUGACAAGUAACACAAAAUUAAAAUUGAGUACUAUAUCCAAAUAAGUUAGACCAAGCCUAAUUGA